UGCGGCUGCAGGCGGGAGCAGCUCUAAUUGAUCAGAAAAUUUUAAGAUUGGAGCUGUAACACAAUCGGUUAUCGUUGCUGUCUAUGGUUAUGGACCACCUGCCCAGUCCACAAAAUGAGAAAAGCAACAGAAAAUCAGAGGAACACUCGGACACAUGCAGAAUACUUCUUCCCGAGGAGUAAAGUGAAGGACCUCGCACUCCAGCAGCCCUUCCUGCCCCAUUUCACAUCUUUUCACCAAGAGACUCCAAUGAAGCCCUCUCAGGUCCCUAACCGGCUUUCUCACCCACCACCCAGGAGAGCUUUGCCCCUUCAGAACCCUGAGCUCUGCCACAGGGACAGAUUUGAUCCAUCUUGGGCCCCUCCUCAUUCCCUGGGACCAAUUCAUUUAUCAGAGUGUAUUCUAGGCAGCCCAACUAACAUUGGAACCCCAACAAAUAGGCCCUAUCACACCUCAAGGGACAGACCAGGUCCUCCACAGCACUCUGCUCAACCCCCAAAGCCUUUAAGUUCAUCACAUCUUGUUCCAGUCAGUCAAUCUGACAUUGAUAUCUCAACGAGGACGCCACAGCCUUCGCCUCCCGGUAUCUUUCACCAUGCUUCCCCCAAAUUCAUGAAGGACUUAAGCAACCACACCCCAUCCUUCCACAUAAAGAGAGAUCCAGUAACGGAACCCAAGGUCACCUUGUCCUGUUCAGGAAGUAAAAAUGCAACGGCAAAAAGUCAAGAAUCAAACAAGGCUCAAUCCAGUGAUGGGAGGAGUUCCAUACCUACAGCCCAGCUGCACAGGCCUCCAGUGAACCCAUCACUCAACACUAGAGCAGCUCAAGAAGUUUACCCACAAUCCGUCUCAGACUCAGAGCAUCGGAGUUCUGGUAACAGCCACUGUCCCCCACAGGACUACCAGCCUUCCCUGAGUAUCCAGUCUUCCAAUAGAAGUAGUGGUUCAGGUUUACCCAUCAUGCACACCUCUGCAGCCCCCUGCCAGGACCAGCAACUUAAACGAACACCCUCAGCUGAAAAGUUAAUUCCAGCAGUGGACUUGAAUUGCACAUCACAGAAGAGGCAGAGAGAGUUUGAGGACUGUGGCGACAGUGCCAAGAAAGUGCGUCUUCAGGGUGCAAACUCCGGCAAAGCACAGACAUUAAAACCCACUGUUUGCAACUCACUCAGCACUUCAUUAGUGCCAUCAUCGAAGCAAUCUUCAGUCUUGGAAUUGCCGCCCGAAACCACAGCCAGCCAUCUGUGCACAGAGCCGGCAAGUGGCCAGUCAGCAUGCUUGGAAGUGUCAUCCACAUUUAAACCCACCCAGUCGUCCUGUGAAUCACUGCCAUCCAAACCAUGCAUAAAAAGACGAUCGUUUUUGGGGGCAAAGCAGGCAUAUAUAAAGUCCACUCAGAAUCAUAUUGUGAAGUUAAGAGAGCUCAAAUCAACCUCAAACCCUGCUGAAGAAAGUUUGAAGAAAAGAAAUGAGGAAAAUGUUACAAGGAAUAAAUCAAGCACUUUGUUAUCUCCUGAGGUUCCCCAGAGGGACACGAGUAGCUUACCUCAUGUUCAGCUGGGCAACCACGACUCUGGUUAUACUCACCGUAGUACCUCAGUCUUACCAGUCAAGACCCCGAGCAGAAGUAAUAAGGUGGAGGACAGCCGAAAGAGGGACAGCAGGGCCAAUCCCACUUCAGUCUCAAAACCAAAUUCAGGUUCUCUGAGCUGUCGCUCAGUAGAACGGAAUAAUAAAACUGCCUGCCAACGUAAAGCUGUAACAAAUGUAACAGAUAUAGAUGAGCUGUUCACCCCUGAUCCCAUGACUUAUGUGGUCAAUCCUGCACAUAAGACUGCAAAGCCCAAGAUAGAUGGGGGAACAAUUAAAGCUCCCACCUCAGAGAAGAGUUGUUCAUCCAGCACUGUGACCAGCUGCAGUACUCCAGUUACCACACCCCCGGGUCGCAAAACUCAGAACUCCACAGUAACCUGUUCUCCUCAUGCAGCGGACUCCAAAGUCUCUUCCUCAUGUAACCAACAAAUCGCCAUGCCAAGUGUCGCUUUAGAGCGGGUAAAACUUGAAAACAUAAUGCCCCUUUACUCCAAAAACAGAGAACUCAAAAGGGGUCCCAUCACUUCUUCAGGCAGGCAGCUUAAGGAAGAGAGGGUUAAAUCUGAUGAGAAACAAAUAUCUCUCCUCCCUAACCGUUCGUCUUCAGAGACUGACACUGCUGCCUCCAAACAAACCUCUACAUCCCAUUGCUCUCGGUCUCCACCAAUAGAGAGGCAGGCAAGUGAAGGGGGUAGAAAGCAGGUGAAUGAAGACGAUCCCAUAGAUGUGGAACUGGACCUUGGUCUGAGCUUUGCUUUAGAUUUUGAUCUUACUCAGAGCUCUCACAGCAGUGAGGAGGAGCAGCUGCUUUCCUUGCAGGAGAUGAUGGAGCGUGUUACAAAGCCUCCGGAUACCCCUGAGAAGGGAGCCUUCUCAGAGCCUAGUACACCUGGACAUCACAGCAGCCAGUUAAAAGCACAGCCGUUCCCAUCCACCACAAAGCCAGGCCUCUACAAGAACAGCCUUGAUCAGAUGCUGAAAGAAAUAAACACCAAUAAAAAAGCUAAAGAGAUCGAGACACAGCUUCUAACUGCAUGUAAAGAGGACCUGCUGAGAAUAGCUGAGUAUGAGCAGGCUGAGGAGAACCAGGAGGAGGGCAUCUCUACUGAGCAACAGGAAUUCCUCCAGCGCUACUCGCUUAUGUCCAAUGCAAUCAGGGAAGUGCCGCCAGGAGAAGUCGUGUUCAACCUGGAGAAAUUUGGCCAGAUCUUCAACCAGGAUACACUGCAGCUUAGACAGUGCAUGGUCAAUCCGCAGGGGACAGCACAGAAGACACUUCUUUGGUCCAGUCCUGCUCAACUGAGAUUACAUUUGAAUAUCGGAUUGUUCCAGGAAGCUUACGACUGUCACUCUCCCUGUCCAGCUCAGGUUACCCGUUUCCUUUUCAAGAUGAUGUCAGUCCAUAAUGAGAGGAUGAUAUCUGAAAAGAUACUACAGGCCCUCUGUGACAUCGCCUGCACCGCUGCUUAUCAGAUAGUGAAAAAUGGAAGCCAGCAGUUUAAAGUGUGGGUUCCCAGUUUGGCUGAUGUGACGCUGGUCCUGAUGAAUAUGGGAGUUGCGUUCGUUACUCUCUUCCCUUUUGAGAAUCUGCAGCCUCCAUUCACAGAAGGAGAUUUGCUGGAGGAUGUGUAUAUCAAAAGCGACAGUCCCUCCAGUAACAAGGAACAGAGUUCUUUCCCUGAGCACAACUUCAACAACAUCUUGAGGUACCUGUCUUACUGUAUGGGCCUGUGUCCGCGGGCGUACAGUGACGACGAGCUGCUGUUGCUGCUAACUGUGCUGGGAAGGGUGAGCCUGGAUACACGGCUCAUCCUCCAGUCCAGUGUGGAACUGUACCCUCUACAGUAUAAAACUGUCAACAACAUCAGGGACUGGGACACUAUGCUGCCCAGAAUCUGUCUGGCCCUUACUGAUCUGACAGAUGACCAUCACAACAUGUGCCUGCUCGUUCAACUGCUGCCUGACAACUCACGUGGAAAGCAGCUGCGCCGACAUCUGAGCUUGUCCAUGAUCUCUAAGCUGUUAGAUGGAAAUUGCACUUACAGACCAACACAAAAUGAGUUUCAGCUCUCUAUGCUGAGGCCAUACCUGCCCUGUAUGCAACCCUCCACCCUCCUCCGAGGCAUGCUGAGCUCCUCCAACGCGAAUCGGAAGGGUAAAGAAGAGGACAUGGCCACCCUAGACCAACAGUCCUACUACCUCUGCUAUAGCCUCCUGACCUUGGCUAAUGAAGCUUCUAAUUUUCAGUUCUUCCCAGCCCAUCAGAAGAAGCAGCUGCUGCGUUUGUGCUCUGAGCUAGAAACGCAUGUUAAGUGCGACAUCAGAGAGAGCGAGAAAUGUCUUUACCGGAGCAAGGUAAAGGAUCUAGUGGCCAGGAUCUACACUAAGUGGCAGAUGCUGCUUCAGAGGACCAGGCCCCUCCAUGGCAAGCUGUAUGAUUAUUGGCAACCUCCGCCUGUGGAUGCACUGAUCAGUUGCCAAGAAGAGCAGGAUGUGGACAACAGUGAUGACGGAGAGAACACAGCGAUGGAGGAGGGUGAACAAGAGGAGGUAACCAAUGAUGUUGAAGCGAAUGAGGCUAUAGUGAUUGCUGAGGAAGAGGAGGAGGAGGCAGAAGAGCAGGACAUGAAACUGGAUGAAAAGUUAAGAGAAACAGAAAGUGACGAUCGACUGGAUGACAAAAAUGAAACAAAAGAGGCUGUAGAACCAGUGCCCGGGGAGCUGAACCAAGAGACGCCGACGAUGGAGCCUGCAGUACUCGAGGAGUCUCAAGUGGUGGAUGAACAAAUAGAUGCUGGUAACAGAGUGAACUGAGCAUCUGGUUAAUAUAAGACAAUAACCAGGUAGCAGCAUGUGAUUUAGUGUCAUAGAAUAUGUUUUUGUUUGUUUUUGAUGCUUUAAUAGCUAUUGCCUUAACAUUAAGCUCAAUUUGCACUAUUUCCUCUGUUCUUUAUCCUUAACCCAUAUGUUUCAUUGUUAAUACAAACAUUAACUGUAUAUUUUUGAAUAAAACAUUUUAGAAGAGAUCGCAAAGUUUGUUGAAGGUUGAAGCCUUAUCUACUUUUGGGUUAGUGCUGCACAAGAAACAAAAUGAUUAAUGUAUAUAUUUUUUGAAAAGUAAUGUGAUGUCAAAAUUGUAUGUAACUACUUGUUGCUGUACCACUGUUUUCAGUUAUAUAGCUGUGUAAAAAUAUGAGCAGUACGUGCAUUACAUACCGCUUUUGAGUGCCUACCAUAAACUGUUUGUUUUGAGGGGAAUUUUUAUGCCCUCGUUGUCUUCCAGGCACGUUUAUGUGUUACAAUUUAGUAAUUUCUCAAAAAUAGUGGAUUUAUUUGGUUGAAUAUUUGCUUCACCCAGCCCGAGUAACCGAAAAGCUGACCAAAUUUACCAUAUGCAUGGUAUUAUGCUCCAAAUCAGCCUUAGCUGGAAGCACGACCAAAUAUUUUUUUCCAGGAAGUUAGAAUAACUGAUUCAUGUUUCCCUUGAUUCCCCCAGUGGUUUAUCUGUUUUUCGGUUUUGGCAGGAUCUUGGACAUGAAACAGUCAUGAACCAUUGCUGCCUUUAGUUACAGUAACGCUAAUUGUAAUGCAGUGUUCAGAAUUUACUUGAGUAUUUAAUAGGUUUACAGGAAAUUACUGGUUUAAAAACAGCAACUAGCAAUUAGGUUUCUCAGCCGUUACUGUUUUGUUACCUACAGUAAUUGUUAUAAAACUGCAGUCCUUUUUCACAGCAGACUGGUCAUAGCAGGAAAAGCACAGGUGUUUCUAAUAACAUCAUCUAUCAGUACCCUGAAACUGAAGCCGCUGAAAAGGAAUCCAGCCAUCAUUCAAUUUAUUAUUUAUACCUGUGCUUUUCUUAUGGAGGCAUAUCAGUUUUGUUUUUUUCAGUGAAAAAGGCUUAUUAAAUUAAUUUUGUCAAUUAUUCCUUGACAGAUAUUUUCUAUCUUAUUGAUUUAUUGUUAAAAUUGUGUUGUGUUCUGUGUGCGUUUUUUUUUAAGAUCAGUAAUACUUUUUUUAAAAGCUGUUGCCAAAUAUAGAAAAUAAACUUUAUUUACAUGUUAACAGAAUUAUUUGUUGCCUUUAAGUCUCAGGCAAAAUGUCUCCUUCCACCAGUGUCGGAAGUAUCAAUGUACUCAUAACAGUCUUAACAAAUGUACCAUAAUAACAAAACAAAUGUGAUUUUUCAAAG